GCGUCACUCGUCAAAGAAUGAAUCGGUGAUGAGGAGGAGGAUAUUGGAAUAAGAACAAGUGUGAAACCUCACAUAAACAAAAACAAAAAAAUUAGUCAAAAAUUCAAAGCUACCCACAUCGUCUCUCCUCAUCAAACGGCGUUUUUACAGAUCCAAAACAUCCACUUCUCAUAUUAAAAGAGAAAAAGGAAAAAACCCAUAAAAAAAAGUGAGAAAAAAAGGUGGGAUUUCAAUCGAAGAGGCAGUGAUUGGAUUCUAGCUGGUCCUCGUGGAUUCCCAUACCCUCUAUUGAAUCGCUUUGUCCGAGUUUAAAUGGACAAGUAUGAAGUUGUUAAAGAUUUGGGUGCUGGAAAUUUUGGUGUUGCUAGACUUUUGAGGCAUAAAGAGACUAAAGAGCUUGUCGCCAUGAAGUACAUAGAACGUGGUCAUAAGAUUGAUGAGAAUGUGGCAAGAGAGAUUAUUAACCAUCGAUCGCUUCGGCAUCCAAAUAUAAUUCGUUUCAAGGAGGUUGUUUUAACCCCGACGCAUUUGGCUAUAGUGAUGGAAUAUGCUGCUGGAGGAGAGCUUUUCGAAAGAAUUUGCAAUGCUGGACGUUUUAGUGAAGAUGAGGCAAGAUAUUUCUUCCAGCAGCUAAUUUCUGGAGUCAAUUAUUGUCAUUCAAUGCAAAUAUGUCAUAGAGAUUUGAAACUAGAAAAUACCCUUUUAGAUGGAAGCGCAGCCCCACGCUUGAAGAUCUGUGAUUUUGGCUACUCCAAGUCAUCCCUCUUGCAUUCAAGACCAAAAUCAACUGUUGGUACUCCAGCAUACAUAGCACCAGAGGUUCUAUCUCGACGAGAGUAUGAUGGAAAGAUGGCAGAUGUAUGGUCAUGUGGAGUUACUCUCUAUGUUAUGUUGGUCGGUGCAUAUCCUUUCGAAGACCAGGAUGAUCCUAGAAACUUUCGGAAAACCAUUCAGCGUAUAAUGGCUGUACAGUAUAAAAUACCAGACUAUGUUCACAUAUCUCAAGAUUGUCGACACCUACUCUCUCGCAUCUUUGUCCCAAAUCCAUCAAGGAGAAUUUCACUAAAAGAGAUCAAGAGCCACCCGUGGUUUUUAAAAAACCUUCCAAGGGAACUGACAGAAUCUGCCCAAGCCAUCUAUUACCAGAGGGAUAACCCAUGCUUCUCUCUUCAAAGUGUUGAAGAUAUCAUGAAGAUUGUGGGGGAGGCAAGAAACCCGCCCCCAUCAUCGACAACCGUCAAGGGCUUUAAAGAGGAUGAUGAAGAAGGCGAGUUGGAAGAAGAGUUGGAAGAAGAAGAAGAAGAUGAGUAUGACAAGAGGGUGAAAGAAGUUCAUGCCAGUGGAGAAUACUUAGUCACUUAGAAACAAAACAUAACAUAGAGUGGUGUGUUGUUAUUAUAUUAUUGAGGUUGGUUGUUGUUAGGUGUACAGUAGCGUUAACUCUCCACAGUAAGCAUAUCAUAUUAUAUAUCAGCGGAUUUUAAGUUCUAAAUGUGUUCAUAUAUUGUUGGUUGAUGGUCUGCAAGUUUAAGCUAUAAUUUUCUCAAUUGUCUCUUGUUAUUGUGUUGUUGAAUAAUUCAAUGUAGUUGGACAUAUUUUUGUGUUUUCUUAGAUGUUUUAUAAAAGCAAAGAGCAUUUUCGUGGA